CUGUGGACUUGUGCGUGCUAAGCUUUAAAGGGAAGUGUGUGUGUGAGGAAGCUCGUGGAAGUGCAUAGAUCUUCAGUAAGCUUAAGUUCACUUUUGUCUCACUGUGCUUUCAGCUGAGGUGCUACUUUUACACGGAUCAGGACAAAGACAGAGAAAAGAAAACAAGGCAAGGAGACCAAGUAGAUAAACAGCUUAGAAAAGAAAACACAGACACACACUUACACACCUACACUCAAGUGUGUUGAGAACCGGUACCAGUGGUCAGUUUUCUCUUACCUGGGCUUGAUCAAGUCACCAAGAGGGAUGUGAUCAUUGUGCACUUUACACCCUUGACUCUGUACCCAUCCAUACACCUGCUCCAUCCUCAGGUGCUGCUCUGAAGAUCUGGACCUCUGUGAGUAGCCGUGUAACUUUGGGUUCAUCAUGGACUACAUUUGGGGGAUGGCAGUGCUGCUGUUUGGGCUCUGGACGCCGCAGAGAGGAGCCGAUGCUCAGCGUGCCAAAAGCAACUUACCCCGACUCAAACUCUCCUACAAAGAAAUGUUGGAGUCGAACAACUUGUUUACUUUUAAUGGACUGGCCAACAGCUCGGCCUACCACACGUUUUUACUGGAUGAGGAGAAGGGUCGACUCUUUGUCGGCGCGAAAGACCAUCUCCUGUCAUUCAACCUGAUAGACAUCAACAUGGACCAGCAGUUGAUAUCCUGGCCUCCAUCUUUGUCACAUCGGGAUGAGUGCAGGUGGGCUGGAAAAGACGUCCAGAAAGAGUGCUCAAAUUUUAUAAAGCUGUUGCAGCCAUUUAAUCAGACUCACCUGUAUGCAUGUGGAACAGGAGCCUUCCACCCUGCCUGUGCUUAUGUGGAGGUGGGCAAACGGCUAGAGGACAACACCUUCAGACUGGAGUCGUCACACUUUGAGAACGGCCGAGGGAAAAGCCCCUAUGACCCCAAACUCACGACUGCUUCACUACUUAUUGAUGGUGAGCUGUAUUCUGGGACAGCAGCCGACUUCAUGGGGCGAGACUUUGCUGUUUUCCGAACGUUAGGAAAGCAUCAUCCAAUCAGGACGGAGCAGCAUGAUUCCCGGUGGCUCAAUGAACCCAAGUUCGUAGGCGUCCACCUCAUUCCAGAGAGCGAUAACCCUGAAGAUGACAAGAUCUACGUGUUCUUCCGAGAGAACGCCAUUGAGGGAGAACAAACUGGAAAAGCCACACAUGCUAGAAUUGGACAGCUGUGUAAAAAUGACUUUGGAGGUCACAGGAGUUUGGUGAAUAAGUGGACCACGUUCCUGAAAGCUCGGCUCAUUUGUUCGGUCCCUGGCCUUAACGGAAUUGACACACACUUUGAUGAGCUGCAGGACAUCUUUCUGAUGAACUCAAAAGACUCCAAGAAUCCUAUCAUCUAUGCAGUGUUCACAACAUCCAGUAAUAUCUUUAAAGGCUCUGCAGUGUGUAUGUACAGCAUGGCUGAUGUAAGGAGGGUGUUUUUGGGUCCCUAUGCUCACCGAGAUGGACCCAAUUACCAGUGGGUGCCCUUUCUAGGCAGAGUACCCUAUCCACGCCCAGGCACGUGUCCAAGCAAAACCUUUGGAGGGUUUGAGUCCACAAAGGAUCUACCUGAUGAUGUUAUCACUUUUGCCCGAAGUCAUCCAGCUAUGUAUAACCCUGUGCUGCCCCUAAACAACCGCCCAAUUAUUAUUAAAACUGAUGUGGAUUACCAGUUCACACAGAUCGUCGUGGACCGAGUGGAGGCAGAAGACGGACAAUAUGACGUCAUGUUCAUUGGCACAGAUCUUGGCACAGUUCUUAAGGUGGUCUCGAUCCCCAGAGGCACUUGGCAUGACCUUGAGGAAGUUUUACUGGAAGAGAUGACUGUGUUUAGGGAACCAACAGCUAUAACCGCUAUGGAGCUGUCCACCAAACAGCAACAGCUCUAUCUAGGCUCGAACAUUGGCGUUUCCCAGAUGCCUCUGCACCGCUGUGACAUUUAUGGCAAGGCCUGCGCUGAAUGCUGUCUAGCGCGAGACCCCUACUGUGCGUGGGAUGGCUCGCAGUGUUCCCGAUACUUUCCCACUCCUAAGAGGAGGACCAGGCGCCAGGACAUCAGGAACGGAGACCCUCUUACUCAGUGCUCGGACCUGCAGCACAACGAUGAGGAGAAUGAUGAGAGCACCAUGCUGGAUAAGACAGUGUAUGGGGUGGAGAACAGCAGCUCCUUCCUGGAGUGCAACCCUAAAUCUCAGCGUGCUCUCAUCUACUGGCAGUUCCAGAGACAUGGGGACGACCGCAAACAAGAGAUAAAGUUCGACGAGCGAGUGAUGGGAACAGAACAGGGUCUACUGAUCCGAAGUCUGCUUCCAAAGGACUCGGGUGUGUAUUACUGCCACGCAGUGGAACAUGGUUUCAUCCAGACACUCCUGCGCCUGACGCUUCACAUCAUCCCCACUAAUCACCUGGACGACCUCAUACAACGGCCACCCUCAGACACCAGCCACUCCUCACAUACCAAACUAUGGUACCAGGACUUCCUGUCUCUGAUCGACCCGCCCGGCCCCAACAGUGUGGAUCAGCUAUGUGAGCAAGUGUGGAAGAAAGAGAGGAAGCAGCGGAGGCAAAAAGGCCAUCACCUACACGCCGGCCAAUCGCAAACUGCCCAGCUUCUUCACACGAGCCAGUCCAACUCCAAUAAAUGGAAGCUCGUGAAGGACAGUAAGAAAGGGCGCAAUCGUAGGACCCACGAGAUACCACGGGCACCUCGCAGUGUGUGACCCCAUGUCCGCAUAACUGCAAACACACACACACACAAAUGUCAUAAAGAGAAAUGACUCUGACCAUUCCACUGACUGUGACUGUGAGAGGCACACACAGGAAAUGUGAAUAGAAUAUUCCACCCAUCCUGCACACAGAGUGCAUGUUGGAGGCAAAACACACUCACACUCAGAGCUGUUGAUUCAGACUCAAAAAUCCCGGAGUCUCCAGUGGAAAAAUUUACUCAUACCCAGAAUGGAUAAUAACACGCAGCGACAAUAUUCUGUAAAUAUCACACAGAAUGAAAUGAACUUCUACGAGACGUACUUCUGUCUGUCAGAAUAAAGGCGUAGCUGAAGGCCACUGAUUCAACUUGUGUGCAUAUAUACUGCAUAAACCCCUUAAAUGUGUAUCUGCAGAACAAAACUGAGUCAAACUCUUUCCCAGUGAAGAUCCAGCGUGUCUCAGUGCCCGCUUUUUCCAACCCACUAUUUUCCUUCUCCUUAUUUUUAACUGCUCCAAAAGCAUUUGGCCACGACACUAAUACACAGUGUGUGUUCCCUUUCCUCAAUAAGCUUUCCGACAUAAAUACUGUACAUCCUUCAGCUAUUUUGUAGAGUAAUAUUUAAUUUUGUACUUUGUCAGAAUUAUAUAUAUGAGAAUAUUACAUAAUAUAGAGUUAUUUUAUUAAUGCUGUCUCUUCAUGUCCUCUCACUUGACCCGCUGUUUUCUGAACUACUAAACAUUUGUACUCUAGUUUUCUUUAUCAGAGCUGCUUUUUGAUUUCCAAUAUACCCUUAUUAUAGAAAUCUGAUAUAAAACCCGACAGAAAGUGACAUCAAAUAAUACUGUUUAUACCAUGGCACUCUUGAAUGCUUGAAACCAACUGGUUUCAAGGUGCUGAUUCAUUUUUGAUAGCAGCAGCAAGCAGGUUUAUAUUAAUGCACUCAUUCGAAGACAUUUAACAGUUAUUCCAUGAAAUCAAAUGAGCUGAUAAGCCAUGUACGACGAGAUUGAAUGAAAUAACUGUUUUAUUAUAUCCACAUUCACUGGAUUUUGAGAAAUGUCCAUCCAUCCAUUAUCUGUAGCCGCUUAUCCUGUACAGGGUCGUGGGCAAGCUGGAUCCUAUCCCAGCUGAUUACGGGCGAAAGGCGGGGUACACCCUGGACAAGUCGCCAGAUCAUCGCAAGGCUGACACAUAGAGACAAACAACCAUUCACACUCACAUUCACACCUACGGUCAAUUUGGAGCCACCAAUUAACCUAACUUGCAUGUCUUUGGACUGUGGGGGAAACCGGAGCACCCGGAGGAAACCCACGCGGACACGGGGAGAACAUAGAACACAGAACGGCCCCUGUCAGCCACUGGGCUUGAACCCAGAACCUUCUUGCUGUGAGGCGACAGUGCUAACCACUACACCACCGUGCCGCCCCAUUUUGGGAAACAGAGCAUUUUUAUUUUUUGCAAAUUCGAUAAAUAAAACUUUAUACAAAACAUCCGACAAAAUAAUUUCCGCUUAGAAUGUAAACAAACCAGUGAAAUGACAGGAGCAAUUUGUGAAAAAUGCGGUAAUAAUAAGUCUGGAAAGAAAAAAAAAAACAUUCUUACCAUCAAAUACUUUUAUCCCAUAUUUUGUUGCUUUUUUGUGUGUUUUUCGGGGUUUUCUUCUACCUCUUCUUCUUCAGGUUUUUUUUAGGGUUGGCAAGCCAACUUAAAAGGUGCAUUACUGCCACCGACUGCGCUGGAGUGUGGAACAGGAAAUAUUG